AUGGUGCCCCCAACAUAUAAAGGUUUACGAGUUCUUGAUUGGUGCCUCAACAAAGCAUCCCCUGCGCUCCUCAUUCUGAAUCCAAAGCCAUUUUGGCCCAUGCACCUUCUUGUAGACACCGAUGCCGGCGUGGACGACGCCCUGGCCAUUCUCAUGGCUCUGCAUGCCUUCCCUGGCGAACAAGUCGUAGGCAUUACUACCGUCUUCGGUAACGUGGACGUGCACCAAGCAAACCACAACGUGGCGCACAUUCUCCAGGCCGCUGGACGCUCUAAAAUUCCUGUGUACAGUGGCGCAUCCAAGGCGAUCGUUGCUAGUGUCUCAGAGGCAAAGUGGGCGGGUCACGGCCCGGAUGGUCUUGGAGGUGAAUCGGGCAAGACGGAAGCCCCACUGACUGCUCCGCGACGCAACGAAGCGGUGCACGCGCUGAUCGACCUGGCGCACAAGUACAGCGGAGAGUUGGUUAUUGCAGCAGUAGGUCCACUGACUAACAUUGCACUGGCGAUGCUGCUGGACCCGAACUUCACGACGAAUGUAAAGCAAUUCGUGGUCAUGGGAGGAUUGUCACGUGGGGAAGGCAACCACACGCCACACGCUGAGUUCAAUGUCUGUUGCGACCCUGAGGCCACCGACAUUGUCUAUCAGCAUUGCAGUGCGAAGAAGCUGUACGUCGUGCCGUUCGAGACAUGCCUGGACAACGCUGUUCCCUGGGAUACAUUCGACAGAAUUUUCCAUGAGGAGGUGAACUCCAACGGUGAAACCAAGGCUUCUUUCCAUGCGACGCCUAUGCCAUCGCCAUCCUCUUGCAUCCAGAGUACAUCAAGAAUGCUGCUGCAUUGA